UGGGUUUUGGUGAGUUCAGGAGAUGGGGUCUUAGAGGCUCGCUCAAGUCUUACCUUGAUCUGAAGCCACGUCUGGCAACUCAGGGAAGAUGUUCAGGGGCUGGAGUUCACAGGUCACUCCCCUGAGGCCCGCUCUAGACCCCCUAAAGUGGAACUCAGUGACACUCAAACAUCUGGCCUGGUGGAUUUUUGCUGUGGGCUUUGUGGCAGGGUCAGAACCAAGUGCGGUGGAGAGUCUCCACCACAUUCAUGUGUCCCAUGGAAACAAGCGUCACCAUGUAGUGCCUAUUGCUAUCCACAGAUCACCUGCAUCACUAAGAGCAGGACACACGGGAACAACUUAUAUAUUUGGGCGGGAUGGUGGACUGAUCACGUACACAUGGCCGCCAAAUGACCGUCCCAGCACAAGGGCGGACCGGCUAGCCAUUGGCUUCAGCACGCACCUAAAGGAUGCUGUUCUGGUGAGAGUGGAUAGCUCCUCUGGCCUUGGAGACUUUUUGAAGCUCCACAUUGAAAAAGGAAAUAUUGCUGUCGUGUUUAAUGUCGGGACAGAUGACAUUAACAUCGAGGAGACGUCAAAGUUUGUAAAUGAUGGAAAGUACCACAUAGUGAAGUUUACAAGGAGUGGGGGUAAUGCCACUCUGCAGGUGGAUGACCUGCCAGUCAUUGAGCGCUACCCCACAGGCAACAUUGAUAACGAACGCCUGGCGCUUGCUAGACAGCGAAUCCCAUUCCGACUUGGUCGAGUAGUUGAAGAUUGGCUACUCGACAAAGGACGACAACUUACAAUCUUCAACAGCCAAACCACCAUACAGAUUGGGGGCUGGGAACGAGAUCGAAGUCGAUCCUUUCAGGGCCAGCUUUCAGGCCUCUACUAUAAUGGCUUGAAGGUGUUCAACAUGGCCGCUGAGGGUGACCCCAACAUAAAGAUCCAAGGCAGCGUGCGGCUUGUGGGAGAGUCGCCCUCGAUCACGCCGCAGUCGAGUACCACAGCCAAUCGCUCAGAGACGUCCACGUCCAUCAUGGAAAUCACCACCACCACUGCAUCCAACAGGAGAAUCAAACAGACGACGCCGCGAGAGCCUCAGCAGACUACUGAUGACUUGCUGGUGGCUUCAGCUGAGUGUCCAAGCGAUGAUGAGGACAUUGAUCCCUGUGGUGAGCCGAGCUCAGGUGGGUUAGCCAGUCCAACAGGUUCUGGACCGAACGGUUACCCGGGAACUUCAGAGGUCUUCCGCGAGUCCAGCAGCACGACAGGGAUGGUGGUUGGCAUCGUAGCAGCAGCUGCACUAUGUAUACUCAUACUCCUCUAUGCUAUGUACAAAUACCGUAACAGAGAUGAGGGUUCGUACCACGUCGACGAGAGUCGCAAUUACAUCAGCAACUCAGCACAAUCUAAUGGCACCAUAGUCAAAGAGAAGCCCGUCAACAAUGCAAAACCUUCUACCAAGAACAAGAAGAACAAGGACAAAGAGUAUUAUGUGUGAUGGAUGGAGUUUUGGUCUUUGUUAGACCAACUUAGACAUCUGUCAAAGAGAUGAAUCAGGACAUCAUCAUGUGUACAGUAUAAUAAAGAUGAACACAAUCUAGUCAUUUUUAACACAAGACAAUGCUCUAAAUAGUCAAAUGAAAAUGGAAAUAUACAUUUCUUAACAAUUGAAAAGUGAAAACGCAUCCUGUCCAAAAAACAGACUAUGGAGAAAUGGCUGGCAGACAUUUACAAAUGAACUAAAUGCAUAUCCAACAUGUCAACCAAACAACAGUAACCCAUCUGUGACUUAAUCCUUGGCCAGGGUAAUGCGAUCCAUCUUCUUUGUUCCAUGUAAACAGAGGAGCGCAGAUGCACUUUGCAAAUGGAGAUUCAGCAUUGCAAACUUUGCAUUUACAUUGCUUGUGUUUGUGUUAAGAUUUUUCUUUUUUUUUUUCUGGAGAAAAUGGCACAAUGCAUAAAUGAAUUCAUACAAGAAAGCCGACAAACAUUUACCGUGGCUGAAGAGGACGGGGAGAGAAAAGGAGCACGUGGUUGUGAAUCCAGGCCAAAGUCCUCACUGAAGAGGAAAGGGAGUCUGGAAAAGACUAAUACCUGCUUGGAUAAGCUGCUGCAGCACAAAGAUGUAAAUGGAUGGCAGUUCCUCAUAAAACAGUCUGACUGAAGGCAUCACAUUCUGUCAGAAGCAAAAGCAUAUGUCUUUUGUUUCACAUGGAUUUGAACGGAGGAAGUGUCCUCAGAACCCUGGGGAUCUCCGAGAAGGAGAACAUUCAGAGCCAUGCAUGCAAAAGUAACUUAUUACAGUACAUAUGUUUAUAUACAGUACAACCACAUCUAUAUGUGCUUACUGGACUGUGACAAAGUGGUGUUUUAUAGCCUGUUGUAUAGAUGAUGCAAACUAUAACUGCUCCUCAACCAUUUUGGGAUAAAAAUGUAAAAAUAAAAAUAAAAAAAGGUAUGUGUUAAUACGUGUUGAUAGAAGAUUUUAUGAAAACAUUCUUUAUUCAGUUGGAUAAUAAUUUGAAAUCCCUUUGUUUUUACAUGUGCGCCUAUAUAGUUUUUUAUACAAAUGCCAACCUGAGAUAGAUGAUCCUGGACCAGUAACAGCCUAUCCACUCCCAAAAAAA